AAAUUAAUCGGGAUGGUUAGCUAAUCAGCUUCAGUACAUAACAACAAUCAAAUUAGGAGGGAUGCCUAGCACAUAUAUCAAUUGGACACAGAAAGAUAAAUAGGAGCAGGAUGGUGACCGUCCCCCACUCUGAAAGGAGAAGCUUUUUCUCAUUUAACCCCCUCUCUUCCCUUCUUUUUCCAUCCGAGCUCCCCUCUCUUCAAAAUUGUACUUGUUCCCGUCGCAGGUAUGUUCUUCGCCAUGUCCCGCCUUCCGCACCGUGAUCCCGAAGGUGCUCACCACUUCGAGCUUCUACUCCGCCUCCACGACACGGAGGAGGAGGAGGAGGAGAACCGCCGGCGCUGGGCCUGGCUCCCCAUCCCGGAUCCACCACUCCUCUCCAGUCCAGAAUGGUAUUUCUCCGCAUGUUUCGUCGCCGGCGCGCACAUAUGGGUCUCUAUCUGCGGCGAAGGCACCUUCACCUUCGACACCGCGCGCCGCCGGUGGCACAAGGAAGGCACCUGGGAGCUGCCUGUCAUGAUGGGCCAGGCGAUCUUGGUCCCUGAUUUUCUGGGCGACAGCCGGCAGCUGCUCUUCGGCUUCUGCUCCAAAGAGGAAGGAGGCCACUUCUGCGCCGUUGACAUGGAGGCCAGGCCGCCGGCGAUCAUCAAGUCCUGGCCGGAGGCCCGUUUCUCCAGGCUCGGAUAUCGCCCAGUCCUCGAAACCGCCAGCCUUGCUUACUUUGGAGGCGGCAGAUUUUGCAUUUCUAUGCUCAUCGAUACCGGAUAUAUAUAUAAUUACAAACCUUUCGUGACCAACAACAUGACCAACUUGGUCAGGCUAACACGCCAAGCUAUCACCUUCAGCGCCGUCGAGGUCACCCCAGAACUGCAGUUGCUGAUACGCAAAGAUGAAUGCAGUCUCUUUCUCUUGUUCUCUCGUACUCCGAGAACUUGAGGUGGAGAUGGUUCAAGAACGAAUAUAGAUAUCGAG